AUGGAUCCCAAGUGUCGACGCCUGGAUCUCUCGCAGCUCCGAAGCGUGGAGGGCGAGGCGGAGUGGAAGAUGCUGGACGCCGGCCGCAUGCGGGCUCACUAUCUCAGGCGCGGCGCGGCAGCGCGUGGCCAAUGCGAAUGCCAACACUUCCACUUGCCGGGCUUUCCGGAGGUUGAUUUCACGUUCAUGCUCUACCCCAUGGGCCUUUGCCUCCACAUGGAGUCCAGUGACGAGCACAGCUCGGGCUCGCGCAGCGCUGCGGUGCGUUUGCACCUGCGGCUGCUCAGUCGCGCGGCGGCCUUGGCGGAAGCGGUGGAAGAAAAGGCCCUGGCAGGCACUGGGCGUGUGUCAUGCGAAAGUCUUUGGCCUGAGGGUGUGGAUGUGUGCCAAUGCAGCUGCCAUGUGCUUGCGGCACCUCCACCCUGUGGCGACCCAGUGCUCCGGCUCUCCACCGUUUGGCAACCUCAGAAGGAGGCCGACUCCGAUGAGGACAUCGAACGUUUGGAUGGGGAUGACGACGAGUAG